UCCUCACUGCCUGCUGCGCGCCGGAGCCAUCCGGCGUCCACCGCGAUCUCCUCCUCGCCAUGGGCGACGUGACCUCCGAGGCCUCCAACACCUCCCUCGGGAAGUACCUGGAGCACCUCUCCGGGGCUGGCCGGGCCAUCGGCGUGCUGACCAGCGGCGGGGAUGCCCAAGGUAUGAACGCCGCUGUCCGCGCCGUGGUGCGCAUGGGCAUCUACGUGGGAGCCAAGGUGUACUUCAUCUAUGAGGGUUAUCAAGGCAUGGUGGAUGGAGGCUCUAAUAUCCAGGAAGCCGACUGGGAGAGCGUCUCAAGCAUUCUGCAAGUGGGCGGGACGAUCAUUGGCAGCGCGCGCUGCCAAGUCUUCCGUACACGAGAGGGCCGUCUGAAAGCGGCCCGCAACUUGGUCCAGCUGGGCAUCACCAACCUGUGCGUGAUCGGAGGCGACGGGAGCCUCACGGGGGCUAACCUCUUCCGGAAGGAGUGGAGUGGACUCCUGGACGAGCUGGCCCAGAACGGAGACAUUGAUAACGAAGCUGUCCGGAAGUACGCCCACCUCAACGUGGUCGGCAUGGUGGGUUCCAUCGACAAUGACUUCUGCGGCACUGACAUGACCAUUGGCACCGACUCCGCUCUGCACAGGAUCAUCGAAGUUGUGGACGCCAUCAUGACCACUGCCCAGAGCCAUCAGAGGACCUUUGUCCUGGAGGUGAUGGGGAGACACUGUGGGUACUUGGCCUUGGUGAGUGCCUUGGCCUGCGGGGCGGACUGGGUGUUCCUUCCGGAGUCGCCGCCAGAGGAGGGCUGGGAGGAGAGCAUGUGCGUCAAGCUCUCCGAGAACCGUGCCCGGAAAAAAAGGCUGAACAUUAUCAUUGUGGCUGAAGGAGCAAUCGACAGACAGAAUAAUCCCAUCAGCUCAGAGAAAAUCAAGGAUCUUGUAGUGAAGCAGCUGGGAUAUGACACGCGCGUCACCAUCCUUGGACACGUACAGCGGGGAGGGACGCCGUCCGCGUUCGACAGGAUUUUGGCCAGCCGCAUGGGGGUGGAAGCGGUGAUCGCCCUCCUGGAGGCCACGCCCGAGACCCCGGCCUGUGUCGUGUCGCUGAGGGGGAACCAAGCCGUGCGCCUGCCCCUGGUGGAGUGCGUGCAGAUGACCCAGGACGUGCAGAAGGCGAUGGACGAGAGAAGGUUCAAGGACGCCGUGCAGCUCCGAGGGAGGAGCUUCGAGGGCAACCUGAAGACCUACAAGCGACUGGCCAUCAAGUUACCCGAUGACCAGAUCACCAAGAGCAACUGCAACGUGGCCAUCAUCAACGUGGGGGCGCCGGCGGCGGGGAUGAACGCGGCCGUGCGCUCGGCGGUGCGCGUGGGCAUCUCGGACGGCCACAGGGUGUUCGCCAUCUACGACGGCUUCGACGGCUUCGCCAAAGGCCAGAUCAAAGAAAUCGGCUGGUCAGAUGUCGGAGGUUGGACUGGCCAAGGAGGAUCCAUUCUCGGGACAAAGCGCCUCCUGCCUGGAAAGUAUUUGGACAAGAUCGCUGAACAGAUGAGGAACCAUAAUAUCAACGCCCUCCUGGUCAUUGGAGGGUUCGAGGCCUACCUGGGACUCCUCGAGCUGGCAGCUGCCCGGGAGAAACACGAGGAGUUCUGUGUCCCUAUGGUCAUGGUUCCUGCUACUGUCUCCAACAAUGUGCCGGGUUCCGAUUUCAGCAUCGGGGCAGACACAGCCCUGAACACAAUCACAGACACGUGCGACCGGAUCAAACAGUCGGCCAGCGGGACCAAGCGUCGCGUGUUCAUCAUCGAGACCAUGGGGGGCUUCUGCGGCUACCUGGCCAAUAUGGGGGGCCUGGCGGCCGGAGCGGACGCGGCCUACAUCUACGAAGAGCCCUUCGACAUCCGAGACCUGCAGUCCAAUGUGGAGCACCUGACGGAGAAAAUGAAGACCACCAUCCAGAGGGGUCUGGUGCUCAGGAACGAAAGCUGCAAUGUAAAUUACACCACGGACUUCAUCUACCAGCUGUACUCGGAAGAAGGCAAGGGCGUGUUCGACUGCAGGAAGAACGUGCUGGGCCACAUGCAGCAGGGUGGAGCGCCUUCUCCGUUUGAUAGGAACUUUGGGACGAAAAUCUCUGCCCGGGCAAUGGAGUGGAUCACCACGAAACUGAAGGAGUCAGCGGGCAAAGGGAAAAAAUUCACGAGCGACGAUUCCAUUUGCGUGCUGGGAAUAUGUAAAAGAAACCUGGUUUUCCAGCCUGUGGCCGAGCUGCGGAAGAAGACGGACUUCGAGCACAGAAUCCCCAAAGAGCAGUGGUGGCUCAAGCUGCGGCCGGUCAUGAAGAUCUUGGCCAAGUACGAGGCGAGCUACGACGUGUCCGACUCGGGCAAGCUGGAGCCCCUGCGUCCGCGGGGCGCCCACGGGGAGCCUGCGGCCAUCUGAGUGCCGCGCGCCCACCGGCAGACACCCCCCCCCCGCCCCCCACAACGUAUCUCGAUCUCUGGGGGGGGACCACUCCUGUAUUUGUAAUUUAUUUAUCAGCACUUUAUGCAAGUAUUGUUGACCAAAGUAUUGUUGGCAGUGAUACCUAAACCAGACAGCACCGGUCACACCCUGACCCCAGCCGGAACACCCCCCCCCCACCCACGCCCCCCCACCUCACGAGGACGACCCCGCCCUUGGUGUACACUCGAUUCAGAGCCGGCGUGGACUGUCUCGUGCUUUAUAAUGUUGUGUAUCUAUCUAGUGGAAUUAAAAACCGUUUGCCUAAAAC